GGAGAUGGUUCAGGAGUAAAGUGAACCUUGUCUGUUUCUGCAGGUCUUGGACCAGCAGGGUGUUCAGGAGAUGGUUCAGCAGCUGCGGCGGCAGAACGAGUUCCUGCAGAGCACGCAUCACGUCAUGGAGCAGCGGGUGCUGGCGCUGGAGAGCCGCCCCACCAACAUGCUGUGGGACGAGGUCAAGCGGCUUCAGCAGCAGAACCAGGCGCUUCUAAAGGAAAUGGAAACCCUGCGGAAGGGUAAGAAACCCUCCAAGCCCGACCAUGGCCCGACCACACCGCGCAUCAUAGGGCCCAGAGACGUACAGGACCAAGACGACAGCGAAGACGAUUCCGGCGUCACAACCCCAAACAGAGAGAAGCGCCUGUUGGCCCUGGACGGGAAGUCAGCCAGCGAGCUGAGGGAGGAACUUCAACAACUCUACGGACAGCUUCACGACCAGGACGAGCUGCUGGACGAGGUGGAGGGGCUCAGGCUGAGGAACUCGGAGAUGGAGCGGUCGCAGCGGAUUCUGCAGCAGAAGCUGUCGGGAAUUCUCGGGGAACCGGCGUCAUCGGCGCAGGGCAGGGACUUACCGGGGUGGAACACGUCAUCGGGAGGCUGUCAGUCAUGUCAUGUUCUUCCUGCCAGCUGCACAGAAGUUUCCGAGACGUUGGGGAAAGAGUUCCGUUCGGGAGAGAUUUACUCCAUAGACCCUGACGGCCCGGGACAGGGCGUGCCGCCGACUCCCGUGCAGUGUGAACGCGUCGGAGAUGCAGUCGCGUCGUCUUUCGGGCACGACAGCGAGUCCCGCACGGUGGUGGAGGGUUACGGGGAGCCCGGGUCGUACUUCCGCAACAUCACCUACUGGACGUCCCUGGAGCAGAUCCGGGCCGUCAUCAGGAGGUCCAAGAGAUGUAUGCAGUUCAUCAAGUAUGAAUGCCUGAGCUCGGUCCUGCACAGAGGCAGUACGGGGUUCGCCUGGUGGUUGUCAGCUGACGGCCGGAGAAAGGACUACUGGGGAGGGGGGAAACCCGGGACAAACAACUGCGCGUGUGGAGAAGCAGGCACCUGUGGCGGAGGCCGAGCUUGUAAGUGCGACUCUGGGCUGGCCAGCUGGCAGGAGGACUCCGGCUGGCUCAUGCACAAGAGACACCUGCCUGUCACACAGCUCAGGUUCGGCGACACGGACACAGACAGCAAACAGGGCUACCACACGCUGGGCAGGCUCAUAUGCUUCUGAAAGACUGUGAUCUCUUGAAAAAGACUAUUUAAGGAGGUGCCUCAUGUGCGUCUGAAGACAUAGACUCCUCUUGCUGGGCUCUUAAGGUUGAUAAAGACAAGUUUGAAGACAUUCAAGGACACGGGCAGAGGCAGCAAACAGGGCUACCACACGUUGGGCAGACUCAUCUGUUUCUGAGGAGCAUAGUCUCAUUUUGCUGGGCUCUCAAAAACCUCACAAAGACAAACAUGUUUGGAGACGUUCCAGGUCUCAAUAUCUAGCCACAGCAAGAUAUUGACAGCAAAAGUUAACAGGGCUACGACACAUCUGCAUAUGAUUAUGAAGGAAUCUGUUUUCCCAUCUUAAAACGAACUUGAUUCUUCAAUGUGCCUCACAAAACAGAAAGUUCUGGUUCUAAAGGACUGAUUUCUCACAUCUGUAAUCAUGCUUGAAGAACUUGGAAGACUCUUUAAGGGGAACAUUCCAAAAGCACAAAUUCCUUGUAUGAGGCGCUCAUCUGCUUCAGAACACCCUGGACUUUAGCAAUGGCAUCGUACUCUCAGGAGUUUCAAUGCUAGAGCUCUUAGAUUUGAAAAAAAACAAUCUGAGACAUCCCAAAGCCAGGACUUUCACGAGAAACAACAUCUUUUGGUGGUUAAGGUCUUUUCCAUGCAUGCAUGCGAGAAUUUCUUCCCCAUAUGCAUGGUACUGGUGAUUUUCCAAGGUAUCUAUGAGUCCUAGGAGUCUUUUGUGACCAGACAGCUCUACAUGUCUACUACUGACUGUUGAUACAUAGUCGUCAUAAUGUCCUUCAAGGUGUCUAUGGGUCCUUAAGUCAUCUUCCUUUGCGACAAGAUGCGUGCAACUGACUACCUGCUGAUCUUUGACAAUUUGACCAUAUGCGGAAUGUACAGCAUCUGAACACAGCAGGUUAGGGGUGAGACAAGAACACUGCCAUACGUGGACUGACGACACAUUUGGCUACAUGCUGAAUGUUGAUGUACUGGUGGACAAACUGUACAUGUAUGUUCAUUGAGGUGAACUGAUAUUGAGGUGUUUCUAGUUCAACUGAAAAGCAAUGGUGGAAGUAUAAAGAGGGACAAAAGUGGAGAGUGCAAACAAAAAUAAGACCUACCGGCAUACCAAAUAGCAUCAGAAUCCAUUCAGGGGUUCUUAAGUUAUGCUGACCACAAAUAUCUGGAAACACAAAUGCACACACAAACAAACCUACCUACCCACAUGCCAAAUACCAUCAGAAUCCAUCCAGAGAUUGUUGAGUUAUGCUGACCACAAAUAUCUGGAAACAUAAACAGACACUUGAAAAUACCUUCGUUUUUCAUGGAGGUAACAACUAAACAUUGAAGUGAAAAGGUCUUGUUACACAUGAUAAAUAUAUAGUAAAUUUACAUUUAUCAUGGGCACAAAUAUGUAAAUGAAUGAUAUGUACAAAUAGUGCACAAACAUAAAUACAAUAUAUUUUGCAAUAGGAGUUGAAUUUUCAAACUUUUCAACAAUGUGGCUUUCUUGCAUAUUUUGAUCAAAAGUCGACAUGAUUUCCAUGCCACUGUAUAAUGCAAAGCAUGAUGUAGUACAUGUAGAUGCUAUAUUUUUGUGAAUAUAAGCACUAAUGAGUGGAAUUAAGAGCACUCAGUUAAGGAUCCUCAAAUCUGUAUGCUUAAGUUAUCCAAUGAGGAUGCAUGUAGGAAGCUAGACUUCUGUUGAGAGUAAAUAUAUUUAUUGUAGAGUUGUACUAUUUUUCUAGCACACUGAAUGUAGAAAAGUUUUUUUGCCAAACCCAAGUAACUGUCUACAACAUAACACACCUGUACAUAUUUUGCCAAUAUAACCUGUCAGUGAAGACAUUUAGACAGUAAUGUUACACUCUGGGAAAUGACAAUGUAAAUUUCUAUGUUACACAUGUAUAUGCCACAAACAUUGAAACAAUAAAAUUCAAGUAGUAAACCAUCUUAUGACACAGUUCCACACAGAUUUUUACAUUAUGAUGACACCUGUUAAGGGGCUUAAGGUGUACAUUUGUACCUGUCCCCAAUAUUAACAAGGAGACUCAAGCAUAUUUUUCACAAAAAUACUUACCCCAUCACAUUGUGCUGGGCUCAGGGGUCUCUGCACAUCAGUUGAUCUGUCAAAUUGUGUGGUGAUUGAGAGAACUUUGACAAUAUAACUGACAAAAGUAUCAUUUCAAGCUGACAGACUCAUCGGCAAAUCAACUUUUAACUUCUAUGAAUCUAAACAUUCAGCCAGAUGGCAACACGUCUUGUAGGCCCUGUCAUCUGUAUGAAAGCAUCACUCUUGUUCCUUCUCCACUCCCUCCCACUGUAGUAAAGUUCUGAGCUUGCUGCCCAUGUGUGGCUGCUCAGUGUCCACAGAUUUCACAUACUUUUCCACCUCCUCCUUAAUGUUGGAGUCUUGAAGAUCAGGGAGGACUUUUGUUCCUCGGGGAAGGAGGCUGUACAGGGAGUGGAGUAG